CGAUCGGUACCGACACCUCUCCAGCGAGCUAAAGCCAAGAUGGAGGGUCCGCGCUCAGCGAGUACAGGAACGAAUCCCCGCAAGCCACUCUUUGCUUUCCAAUGAAGAGGAUUUAUUCCUGAUCAGUCACUUGAUCUCGGAAAAUCGACACUGACCCGUUAUUUUGGGGAGUUUUGUUGAGGGAGAAUCAUUGAUCCGAGGAUGAGUUCAGGGGAGGGAGAGGACAUAUCUAAGGAGGCGGCCGACAUAGCGGCGUUUUUUAAAUCCGAAUGUUCUCUUCCAAAAUGUGAACCCAAGCUUGAGUUACCCAGUCACCCAGGGUUCCACAGAAAUGAAGACAUGAAGGCUGUUGAAGUUCUUCCCAUCCUUAAAGAAAAGGUGGCAUUCUUAUCAGGUGGAAGAGAUCGUCGUGGAGGGCCAGUCCUUACGUUUCCAGCCAGGAGUAACCAUGACAGAAUACGACAGGAGGACCUCAGACGACUUAUUGCGUACCUUGCAGGCAUUCCCAGUGAGGAGGUGAGCAGACAUGGCUUCACGGUCAUCGUGGAUAUGCGAGGAUCCAAAUGGGACUCUAUCAAACCUCUGCUGAAGAUCCUACAGGAAUCGUUUCCUUCCUGCAUCCACGUCGCUCUCAUCAUCAAGCCUGACAACUUCUGGCAGAAACAGAGGACGAAUUUUGGCAGUUCCAAGUUUGAAUUUGAGACCAUCAUGGUGUCCCUCGAGGGUUUGACCAAAGUGGUUGAUCCUUCCCAGCUGACUCCAGACUUCGAGGGCAGUCUGGAUUAUGACCAUGAGGAGUGGAUCGAAGUUCGAGUGGCCUUUGAAGACUUCACGAGCAAUGCAGCUCGUAUCCUUUCCCGUUUGGAAGAACUCCAGGACUUGGUGUCCCAGCGGGAGCUGCCGUCAGACCUGGACGGGUCUCGGCGUGCUAUGGAGGAGCACGCCUCCCUGAAGAAAAAGGUUGCUAAAGCUCCUGUGGAGGAUUUAGAUACUGAGGGUCAACACCUGCUUCAGCGAAUCCAGUGUGGGGAAAAAGGCAGAGGAGAUAUCCAGGGAUUAGCUCCAAAAGUCCAGGCGCUUUUGGAUAAACUCCACGCCACACGCCAACAUCUGCACCAAUCCUGGCACAUGCGCAAAGUUAAACUGGAUCAGUGCUUCCAGCUGAGACUCUUUCAGCAGGAUGCAGAGAAGAUGUUCGAUUGGAUCGUCCAUAAUAAAGGCCUGUUCCUGACAACCUACACAGAGAUAGGAGCCAACCAUCAGCAUGUGCUUGAGCUGCAGACCCAGCACAACCACUUUGCAAUGAACUGCAUGAAUGUGUAUGUGAACAUCAGUCGGAUCAUGUCCGUGGGGAACAGGCUGCUGGAGUCGGGUCACUAUGCAACCCAGCAGAUUCAGCAGAUCUCAGGUCAGCUGGAACAGGAGUGGAAAGCGUUUGCCGCUGCACUGGAUGAGAGGAGCACGCUGCUGGAGAUGUCUGCUAACUUCCACCAGAAAACCGACCAGAACAACAAGUCAUCAAGUUGCCUCAAGCUCACAUCACUGGCUAAGGUUCUAGAUUGGAUUGAAAACCAUGGUGAGGCGUUCCUGAGUAAGCACACAGGAGUGGGGAAGUCUCUGCACAGGGCUCGAGCAUUACAGAAACGUCAUGAGGACUUUGAAGAAGUGGCUCAGAACACCUACACGAAUGCAGACAAACUCCUGGAGGCAGCAGAGCAGCUGGCUCAGACGGGCGAGUGUGACCCUGAGGAGAUCUACCAGGCUGCACACCAGCUGGAAGAUCGUAUCCAGGACUUCGUAAGACGGGUUGAACAACGCAAAGUCCUGCUCGACAUGUCUGUGGCCUUCCACACUCACAGCAAAGAGCUGUGGACGUGGUUGGAGGAGCUUCAGAAGGAGUUGCUGGAUGAUGUUUAUGCUGAGUCAGUAGAGGCGGUGCAGGAGCUGAUCAAACGUUUCGGUCAGCAGCAGCAAACCACCCUGCAGGUCACGGUCAACGUCAUUAAAGAAGGGGAGGAUCUUAUCCAGCAGCUCAGUGUUCCCGUUCUAGUCAUCAUCAGCUGUCCUUAUCAGUGCUUCACUCAGAAAAGCUGGGAAAAAUGCUCAUGUUCAAUAGAGGAGGAAUUCUCAACCACACAGCAGUGCAGAGUCAUCUCAGACCUGGAGUCAUGGAAUGAGGAGCUGUCUCAGCAGAUGAAUGAGUUUGACACUGAGGAUCUGACACUAGCAGAGCAGAGACUGCAGCAUCACGCAGAUAAAGCUCUCACCAUGAACAACCUCACCUUCCACGUCAUACACCAGGGACAGGAACUCCUGCAGUACGUCACAGAAGUUCAGGCCUCAGGUGUGGAGUUAUUGUGCGACCGUGAUGUUGACAUGGCGACGCGGGUGCAGGACCUGUUGGAUUUCCUGCAUGAGAAACAGCAGGAGCUGGACACAGCCGCAGAGCAGCACAGGAGACACCUGGAGCAGUGCGUGCAGCUCCGCCACUUACAGGCCGAGGUCAAACAGGUGCUGGGUUGGAUCCGUAACGGGGAGUCAAUGCUCAAUGCAGGUCUCAUCACAGCCAGCUCUCUACAGGAGGCAGAACAACUGCAGCGGGAACAUGAACAAUUUCAGCAUGCUAUUGAGAAAACCCAUCAGAGUGCACUGCAGGUGCAGCAGAAGGCAGAGGCUCUGCUACAGGCCAAUCACUACGAUAUGGACAUGAUCCGUGACUGCGCAGAGAAGGUGGCGUCUCACUGGCAGCAGCUCAUGCUGAAGAUGGAAGACCGCCUCAAACUGGUCAAUGCCUCAGUGGCUUUCUACAAGACAUCAGAGCAGGUGUGUAGUGUGCUGGAAAGUUUAGAGCAGGAAUACAAACGAGAGGAAGACUGGUGUGGAGGGACUGAUAAACUGGGACCAAACUCAGAGUCUGAUCACGUGACGCCCAUGAUCAGUAAACACCUGGAGCAGAAAGAGGCCUUCCUCAAGGCAUGCACAUUAGCAAGACGCAACGCUGAUGUCUUCCUCAAGUACUUGCACAGAAACAGUGUGAAUAUGCCGGGAAUGCUCACACAUGUCAAAGCCCCUGAACAACAAGUCAAGAACAUCCUUAAUGAGUUGCUGCAGCGGGAGAACCGGGUUCUGCACUUCUGGACCAUGAGGAAGAGAAGGCUUGACCAGUGUCAGCAGUAUGUGGUGUUUGAACGCAGCGCCAAACAGGCUUUGGAGUGGAUCCAUGAUACAGGAGAGUUUUACCUAUCCACACACACCUCCACAGGCUCCACUAUACACCACACACAGGAACUGCUGAAAGAACAUGAGGAAUUCCAGAUUACAGCUAAGCAAACCAAAGAGCGGGUAAAGUUGUUGAUCCAGCUGGCUGAUGGUUUUUGUGAGAAGGGCCACGCCCAUGCGAGCGAGAUUCAGAAAUGGGUCGCCUCGGUGGAUAAACGCUACCGUGACUUUUCCCUCCGCAUGGACAAGUACCGUUCCUGCCUGGAGAAAGCGCUCGGCCUGUCCACUGACUCCAACAAAGCGAGUAAAGGUCUGCAGUUGGACAUCAUUCCAGCCAGUGCUCCUGGUGCAGAGGUCAAGCUCAGAGACGUCAACCAUGAACUCAAUGAGGAGAAACGCAAAUCGGCCCGCAGAAAAGAGUUUAUAAUGGCGGAGCUCAUUCAGACCGAGAAGGCAUAUGUGAGAGACCUGCGGGAGUGUAUGGAUACAUAUCUGUGGGAGAUGACCAGUGGUGUGGAGGAGAUUCCCCCAGGGAUUGUCAAUAAAGAGCACAUCAUUUUUGGCAACAUGCAAGACCUAUACGAGUUCCAUCACAAUAUUUUCCUUAAAGAACUGGAAAAAUAUGAGCAGCUUCCAGAGGAUGUGGGUCACUGUUUCGUCACAUGGGCUGAUAAGUUUCAGAUGUAUGUGAAUUACUGUAAGAACAAGCCUGACUCCACUCAGCUGAUUCUGGAACAUGCGGGGACCUAUUUUGAUGAAAUCCAACAGAGACACAGGCUGGCUAAUUCCAUCUCAUCAUACCUUAUUAAACCAGUUCAGAGGAUCACCAAGUAUCAGCUUCUGCUGAAGGAACUAUUGACAUGUUGUGAGGAGGGUAAAGGAGAAAUUAAAGAUGGCCUGGAGGUUAUGCUUAGUGUGCCCAAAAAAGCUAAUGAUGCUAUGCACCUCAGCCUGCUGGAGGGUUUUGAUGAGAACAUUGAGUCUCAGGGUGAGUUGAUUCUGCAGGAGUCAUUCCAGGUUUGGGAUCCAAAGACUCUGAUUCGUAAGGGCAGAGAGCGGCACCUCUUCCUUUUUGAGAUGUCUCUCAUAUUUAGCAAGGACGUCAAAGACUCCAACGGAAGGAGCAAGUACCUCUACAAGAGCAAGCUCAUGACCUCAGAACUAGGAGUUACUGAACAUGUGGAAGGAGAUCCAUGUAAAUUUGCACUCUGGGUUGGACGGACACCUACCUCAGACAACAAAAUAGUGCUGAAGGCUUCAUGUAUUGAAAACAAACAGGAUUGGAUUAAACAUGUUCGUGAAGUUAUCCAGGAGCGUACCAUCCAUUUACGGGGGGCACUCAAAGAGCCAAUCCACAUUCCCAAAGCCACUGCAGCCAAACACAAGGGCAAACGGGAUGGAGAGGACCUAGACAGUCAGGGUGAUGCAAGCAGUCAGCCAGACACCAUCUCCAUCGCCUCCCGCACCUCCAUAGUUAUCUUUAUUGAAUUAGGACGUACUAGGGGGUGUUGUCUUGGUAGAAACAUGGCGUGUAAAGGUUCGGGGUCAGUUGCUCACCUUUUGAGCUCAUUGGCAAUGCCACAUUACCAGUGGUUGUCCGGUGGUUCAGAGUUGACAGUGGUCAUCCACGACUUCAUGGCCAGUAAUGGAUCGGAGUUGACUGUACGCAGAGGUCAGACGGUGGAGCUUGUAGAAAGGCCCCAGGACAAGCCCGACUGGUGUCUGGUUCGCACCACUGACCGUUCACCUGCCCAGGAGGGCCUGGUUCCCAGCUCUAUGCUUUGCAUCGCUCAUUCCCGAAGUAGCAUGGAGAUGGAGGGCAUUUUCAACCAUAAAGACACGCUCUCAGUCUCCAGUAAUGACGGAGGACUUUCGGGCAGUGCCACGCUGCAGCCGGGUCAUUUGCAGAGCUCUCCUGGACCCAAACGGCCCGGAAAUACUCUGCGCAAGUGGCUGACCAGCCCUGUCAGACGGCUCAGCAGUGGUAAAGCAGACGGCCAUGUGAAGAAACUUGCACACAAGCACAAGAAGAGUCGAGAUGUCCGCAAGAACGCAGACGCCGGCUCACAGAAAGACUCAGAUGACAGUGCCGCCACACCACAAGAUGAGACCAUAGAGGAGAGGAUGAGAAAUGAGGGACUGAGCAGUGGCACUCUGUCUAAGUCGUCCUCCUCAGGGAUGCAGAGCUGUGGUGAGGAGGAAGGGGAGGAAGGGCCUGACUCGGUUCCACUGCCGCCCCCUAUGGCCAUCCAACAGCACAGUCUUCUGCAUCAGGACUCCCAGGAGGACAAGGGCGAACUUGACCUUCAGUGUCCAUUGUCCUGGUCAAAAAGACCCACAAAGGCACAUGCAAGCACUGUUACAGGGAGAAAACAGUCCUCCACAAUCAGUACCUUGCGGAUCAAAACUUACCUUAUACGGAUCAUGAAAUACCAGCUUCUGCUGAAGGAUUUUUUCAAGUUCUCCAAAAAGGCUGGUUUGGACACUGUAGAAUUAGAGAAAGCAGUAGAGGUGAUGUGUGUUGUUCCAAAACGCUGCAAUGACAUGAUGAAUGUUGGACGCCUCCAAGGAUUUGAUGGUAAAAUUGUAGCCCAGGGAAGACUGCUUCUACAGGACACCUUCAUGGUCUCUGACCAGGAUGGUGGGCUCCUUUCCCGCAUGAAAGAGAGGCGUGUCUUUCUCUUCGAGCAGAUAGUUAUCUUCAGCGAACCUCUGGAUAAAAAGAAGGGAUUCUCUAUGCCGGGCUAUCUGUUUAAGAACAGCGUAAAGGUCAGUUGGUUGGGUCUAGAAGAGAGUCCUGACAAUGACCCUUGUAAGUUUAUUUUGACCUCGCGGUCAUCCGCUGGCAGUACAGAGCACUAUGUCCUCCAUUCCUCCAACCGGGCGGUUUGCCUAGUAUGGAUCCAGCAGAUCAGCAGCAUCCUGGAGAACCAGAGAAACUUCCUCAAUGCACUGACUUCACCCAUUGAAUACCAACGGAAUCAUGUUGGGGCAAGCGGUCUGGGUGGACCCAGCAGCAGUGGACUUCCGGGGGGUAGCAGCAGCUCUGCCAUGGUUCCCAGCUGUGGCUCUCGGUCCCGAGCAUCCCGAAUCCCUCAACCUUCUUCUCGUCUCCCCCAGCCUGUGCAGCACCACCACGCCCCCGCCCCAGAUGACCACACUUCAGGUACGUGUCCUUUUCCUGACCAGGACCUAAACGGUGAGGUCCCUAGGAUGCGGGUCCUGGAGAGCCCCUUGAAGGAGCUACGCGAGGAAGCCCAAUCAGGGACACCCAUUCCAAGAGCCACAGUCGCACCCCUGUCCCUAACAAAGCCCCGUCUCAGAGUCCCCUCGCCCAUUCUCUCCCCCUUGAACCCUCAGAACUUUGCAGUCCAGAAGGGCUCCCCGUUUUGGGCCUCAAUGCCAGUCUCGCCUACUGGCAGGCCUGGCUCUUACACAGAGCAGAGUGACACGUUGAGUCGCAACCAGUGUCAGACUCGCAGGCACUCCACCCACAGUAAGGAGUUGGACCACAUCAGUACUUGCUCCUCCACCAGUGAGCAGUCCCUGCAUUCCACUCACAGCAAUGGGAGUGAAAGCAGCAGCAGCAGCAGUGUGUCAACCAUGUUGGUGACCCAGGACUACGUGGCUCUAAAAGAAGAUGAGAUCAGCGUGUAUCAAGGAGAGGUUGUGCAGAUAUUGGCCUCUAACCAGCAAAACAUGUUUCUAGUUUUCCGUGCCGCCACAGAACAAGGCCCAGCAGCUGAGGGCUGGAUCCCCGGCUACGUUCUGGGUCACACCUCCACCAUCAUUCCCGACUACCCUGAUGGAACCCUCAAACUGACUACAGGGGAAGUGACCCUCCGUAUCUCACCUGCCUCUCUGGACGACAGCGGCACCUACACCUGCAUCGCCUCUAAUGACGUGGGCUCAGUGACAACAUCAGCCUACCUCAGGGUGCUUGGCACUUCCUGUGACGGCAUCCUCUGGAAGGAUAGCUUCGAGUCCCUCUACGCUGAAGUCAUGGAACUGGGGAGAGGCAGGUUUGCCGUCACUAAGUGGUGUGAGCAAAGAGUAAGCAGGCGAUCAGUGGCCGCUAAGCUAGUAAAUAAGAAGCUAAUGCGUCGAGAGCAGGUGGUUCAAGAGCUGGGUGUCCUACAGUGUCUUCAGCAUCCUCACCUGGUGGGCCUGCUGGACACCUACGAGACCCCAGCCAGUUACGUUCUCAUCCUGGAGAUCGCUGAUCAAGGUCGUCUCCUGGACUAUAUUGUUAGCUGGGGGAACCUGACAGAAGAAAAGGUGUCUCUUUACCUGCGGGAUAUUCUAGAAGCUUUACACUACCUUCACACAUGCAGGAUUGCUCAUCUUGACUUGAAGCCCGAGAAUGUAUUAAUCGAGCAAACGUCAACCCAGCCUCUAGUCAAACUGACGGACUUUGGUGAUGCGGCACAUCUCUCCAGCACCCCGUACAUCCAGCCUCUGCUGGGCAGCCCAGAGUUCUCCGCCCCUGAGCUGGUGCUGGGUGAGCCCGCGGCUCUGGCGUCUGACCUCUGGAGUCUAGGCGUGCUAGCCUACGUGAUGCUCAGCGGGGCGUCCCCUUUCCUGGACGAGAGCGUUGAGGAGACCUGCCUCAACAUCUGCCGCCUCGACUUCAGCUUCCCGGAGGACUACUUCCGCGGCGUGAGUCCGGCGGCGCGGGACUUGGUAUGCGUCCUACUCCAAGGCGAGCCGUGCAGGCGUCCCUCUGCGCAGGUUUGCCUGCGUGAGCAGCCAUGGCUGCAGCCCAACGCAGCCUCUGGAGCAGCUCGCCUCGACACUUCCAGACUCAUCUCUUUUAUAGAGCGGAGGAAACAUCAGAACGACCUGCGACCCGUGGCCAGUUUCCGAGCAUUCCUGCGUAGUCGCCUGCUUAGCCAGAGCUGAGAGAAACAUAGAGUGCAAAUCUUGUUCUCCUGCAGUUCUGAGUAGGAUAUUAAGGAACGUAUAGGUUGCUGAUAUAUGCUGAAAUCUCAUCCUGCUUUUAGAGUCAUUCUGAAAUGGUUCUGGGUCUCUGUUACUGUAACUGCUGCUGACAAAACUCUGAAGUCCCCUUUUCCAACCCUACAUGUACAUGUUCUCUCUUUGUAUGGACAAAGCUUACAAGAAAAAAAAUGUGAAUUUUUUUGUGAAAUGUGAAAAGAAGGUCCUUUUGAAGGUUUUUCUCUGAGCCAGAAAGGUUUAGCCUCAUGUUCGGACAGUAUUUCAAUCAGGUUGUUUCAGUGGACUACUGUAAUUUGAAUAGCUACAUUCAGGAAAGAUUACAUUUUGUACAAACCAUGUAUAGAAGCACAGUAAAGAUGAUAUCUUUAUCCUGAAAGUUUUGGAGAAAAAAAAAAGAAGAAAAAAAAAGAAGCUUAUUUCAAGAUUUAAAGGGACGCAUCCAUCUCAAGUUCCAUGUUUGAUAAACAUACAGUCAUAUUGGAAAUCGAUCAUAACAAAUGAAACGACUUUUAACAGCUGCAACUCUUUCGGACGAGAAGUAAAAGAUAAACUUUUGAUUUCAACUCACAUCUGUCUAUCAGCCUUAUGUUGUAAAUAAACUGGACCUGCCUUCAUUCAUGUUAAUUUGCAGUGUUUGAAAUGCUUUCUCAUGACUUUCAACUGUCCAGUUAGAAUACAAGCUGGAAAGCCGCCGAAGGCAGGAAGUGUCGGUAACCACAGCAGAUGUGCACUCUUUGUAACUUGUUGAAAUGUGCAAUGUUGGGGCUUUACCAUUUUGCAGCUAUUUAUAACGAUUCGUGUUAAAUCAACAUUGUUACGUACACGUGUCAGCCACUGCGAGUUAAGAUAUAAUGUGUCCGUGGCUCUUUUGCUGAGAUUUCUGUGUGCAGUAUUAUUUUGUAUGCUUAAGCCUCAUCGGUGAAAAAUCAUUUGUGUCUUUGUCACACUUUGGUUAUGAAUGUCGUUAUUUUUAUCGUUAUACCAAAGUUACCUAAAUGCUUCUUCAUCUCCCUGUGUGGUGGUUAUAAUUUGUAAGUUAUGAAUGCAGUUCUGACUCCUGGAGCAGGAGUUUACUUGUAUUGAUUGUUGAUUUAUUUAUUGUGUCUGGUUCGGUUUUUGUUAAUCGAAUUGAAUUGAAGUAGUGCUUCAUAUUGUCAGAUUAUUAGGAAUUUUAAUUCCCAUAUCUGCUCAUUGUAGCAGUAGUCUGUUAGUGUACGUUUGCAUGACUAAAUGACAAGAAUUAUUCUUUGUUUUCAGUUCACCUUGUUUUUAAAUACAAUGAGAUGAAUCGUUCCCCAUGUGCUGUUUCUGCUGUAC